AGUGCAUUUCCCUUCUCCGGCCUCCGAGAAACACGCGAGGGGGCAGGCAACGGCGGCGGCAGGGCGAGCUGAUGCCGCGCGCAGCUCCGGCAAGGUUUCGGCCGUGAGCGCGCGCGCAAGGGAAGGCAACGCCCAGCUAAUUAUGGCGGCGAUGGUGCUGAUGCAGCGCGGGGUCCCGCGCGGGAUGCGGCUUCGGCGAGGCGGAAGAGCGCGCACCCGCGGGCAUGCUGAUGCUGCGCGUGGCCCAGGGCGGUAGCGAGGACGCGCGCAGCGGAGCGGCUGAGCGCACCCGGCUGGAGGGGGCACGCGACGGCGCUCACCACGGUGAGGACGCGCGCUGCGAUUCGUCAAAACAGAUCUAGGCAAGCCUUCUAUAAAGUCAAGAGUAACAACUGACCAUGCUUGAUCUGGCAUCAGCAGAGUUUGAAGCAAACCAGGAGUAUCAAUUCGCUUAGUUUUCGCUUAUUGACAUAUGUGUUGGGGAUUAAUCCCUGGCAAUGAUUCAUGGGUAUACUGAACGACAGGUGCGUGAUCCGCAUCCUGGAUGUCUGCCGAAUGUACCUGUGUGUGUGACUCAAGAACAUUAGAGAUUAUCCAUGUUCGGGCCCCCUGUGGGGUAAUAACUCUACAUCCUGUCUAUUCUUCUCCGAGAGCGCCUCUCUUUACAAAAGAUAUCCCCCUUUAUAUAUCAGAGGGGUAUGAGUCUUUACAUGUGGGCCCAACCAAUAGGCCCAAGUCUGCCUAGAAGAUCAAUAUUAGCUAUCAUCACUCAAUACGCAUGCGCUGCUUGUUGUGUCUGGAUUGUCCAGCUAGCCCUGUCCCAUCGUCGAUUUCCCACGCGCGCUUGCCACACCCUUUCCUGCGUCUGCGAGCCCGUCCCGCAACAUUAAUUGUUGCGGGACAGGACACGAUAACUCUGAGCUGGUCAUGUCGCUUCAGUAAGAAUGGCACGCCUGGAGAAGGAAAAACGGCAUGAGUAGUGGCAUUAAAUGAGGUUGGAAUGGCCAGACGAGUAGCCCCUAAGUUCUUUACACCGAUAGUAGCCCCUAAGUUCCAUCGCGGAUAUGGUGAUCUAGGUUGUUCUCCAUAAGAGCGUAGUCGGACCUGGUCGUACCAUCUGGGCCUCGGGUGAACAAGAGGGGAGUGGUUGGCGACACUGUUCACCAUCGUGGUCAGCUCAGGAAACCGCAUCUCGCAGGGAGGUUAAACGUCCAUAGAGAGAGAGAGAGAUCGUGGGAGAGAGAAAACUUUGAUGGCCGCUGGACUUCGAGGGAAUUUCAGUUCCCCAAACGGCCCCCGGAAUUCGAUGCGGCGGGGCCGAGUCGACCCUAUAAAUCGAAUGACAGAAACCCCUGUAAACCCCUUUGGACUCCAAGCCUCUCCGCCAAAGCCCAUCGCCUCCGAUCACCUCCCGUCUCUCUUGCAAAAAAAAAACCAUCGCCGUUCUCCGAUGGCGCCGCGCAUCGGAAAGGAGUAUGACUUCCCCAAGUCCAAGUGCAACGCCGCGAAGUUGAAGCAGAUGUACGAGAAUCGCCUGCUUUCGCGAUGCUUGUCUUUCGGAUAUCGCCUUGGAGGGGACGUCCCAGCUCCCCGCCAGGGAGAGAUCAUGAUCUUCGCCUCGCUCUUCCUGGCGGGUCUUGUCCCCCCCUUCUUCGAGUUCUUCACCACGGUCGUCUCAUUUUACGACAUCUGCCAUCUUCAUCUCAACCCCAACUCCAUCAUCAUGCUGAGCGUUUUCGCUCAAAUGUGUGAAAACUUCAUUGGGAUCGAGCCAUGCCUUGAUCUCUUUUGGUUUUUUUACACGGUCAGGUUGCAGACCGGGUCAGCCACUGGGAGCUGCGGCUUUCGUCUUCGUGAUGGCGUUAUGAGCUCCUAUCUGGAGAUGAAUCUCAAAUUGUCGUGGUUGGGCUGGCGGGACGAGUGGUUCUACCUCAUGACCGACGACUCCUUGGACAACUUUUGUGUGCUGGAUGCGUCGGCGUGCCUUGUGGAGAGCUGGGGAAGCUCUCCCACGCUGACCGCAGAACUAUUGUCCCUCGCCGGUGGGGUUAAGGCGCUCGUGGAAGGCGGCCUAUCAGGGUCGGAUGUCGUCCGCGACUUUAUCAAGCGCCGGCUGUGCCCCUUGGCGGAGAGCACAUUCAGCAUACCUGUACACUGGGAGUGAUAAGGACACCCGGGAGAGCUCCUCAUGUAACAUCUUAGUCAUCUCCCUGUCAUUAGGUGAUGGUCGAGCGGUAUCUUAUUCCUUCUCAUCAGAUCUUCCCGACGAGGUCAUUGACUUGCGGGUUCGGUUGCUGAUGGCGGCGGCCGCAAGGAAGGGUGGCUCUCCUUGUGUCCCCUUGUGUGAGCUCUCCCCGUCAGAGAGGGUUUGGGUUAGGCUGGUAUGUUUAGCAUCCUUUCAGAGUUUUCUACUCUAAUGCUUUUGCCUGGUCAAGGUCUUAUGGUUCGAGUUAUUUUCAGCAUCUUCCCGAGGUAGAUGUCCUGUGAUCGAUAGUUGACGAGGUCGAGGAGGUCUUCCAGGAGAUUGAACGUGUGGCCGCCAGGCCUCCGCGUCACCUAUUGCUGCCCCAGACACCCGUCGACCUGCUCGCGACCCUAACCCAUCAGGUCCAGAAGGUGAUCAGUCUACUCAGGUCAGGCGGCGAUCGCGGGCAGCGGCUCGGCGAGUGGUGCCGGCCAGCGGGAGGUCGACCCGCAGAGGCUCGACCAGACCAGCCACGACCCGAUGCCUCGCGACAAGGUCCGACCAGUCCAGGCGCCCCUCAACCAGGUCAGGUUCGACCUAAUGCC